UCAUCAUCAUCCUUUUCGGUGGCUGUUAACAUUUCAGAAUCGAUUCGUUUUAUACAUCCACUCGAUAUAUUCGUCUUUCACUUCUUUCUAUUAAACACGCGAUUUCUCUUUUACAACUUCCAUCGUUUCAUCUUCUUCAGCAGGCCAAGCGAAGCGAAGCUUCUGGGUCGCUUCUGGGGGAUUACAAGACUUGUGCAGCGACCUUCUUCUUUAGUAACUCAAAAUCCAUGAUCAUCUGCAACCGAUGGAUCCGUCUCAUGUUCGCGUAACUCCUCCAAUCGAAGAUGAUGAUGAAUGGGAUACUGAUGGAUUUGUGAUUCCAAGCUUGGGUAUUGAAGAUAUAGAACCUAGAAGAAGUGAGUCUCCUGAAGUAGAGACAAAAUCUUCUUCACCUAAGGAAGAAAAGAUAUACUUAGGACCACACGGGGCACCUCCAUCGCAUUCUAAGCUGCAGCAACAGCAGCAAGAACAGAGUGCCUCCGGCAGGAAGCAGAGGUUCAAACAGAAGCUGAAGGAGGCAGAUGAGAGGAUCCGUGGAACCGGGCACGAGAACAAGUUAGAAAACAUUCGUCAACUUGUUGGAUCACAAAAGAUUAGUCCGGUUACAACAACUAUGUCUAAGGGCUCGACAAGGGAUUGGCUCGAUCCCCACUGCCAUGAAUCCCAGUUUGAGCGUCGAAAUCCACACUAAAACAUUUCUUCCUUUCCUUUGUUGCAUCACUCUUUCUAAGUUUGUUUUUCUUCUUCUUGUGUGUUUCUAUUAUAACUUUAAAGUUUCUUUUUCAUAAUAAGCUUAGCUAGACAAUUUUCAAAUUUCUCAA